GAGCAUCAAGUCCUUAUAUGUCUUCUUUGCAGGGCUGCUAUACAACCUGGCAGGGGCAUAGUAAGCCAUUUCCGGGGAACCCACCAAUUUAAAGGUGUCCAACUCCAACAAGUCACGGCUUUCUGCGCCGGAAGGUCAUUCGAAGAUCCAUGCACAGUGCCGCUGCGAAAGAAUGGAAGUAAGCCUAUCCCAGAGCUUCCAAAAUGGAGGGCCUAUAGUUGCAAACACUGCAACUACAUAACAAUAAAUCGCACAAAUAUGUCAACUCACCUUACGAAACUUAAACACCUAAGUCAAGCGGAUGGCGAGACGGACUGGGUAUAUGUUAUCGUUCAAACAUUCUCAAGGGGUAGGUAUAUACGCUAUUGGACUGUUGAAGAAUGA